GUGCCUUACGCAACCCAACUAUCACUACAAGAAGCCACAGGUCCCGCAAUGGAAGAAGUCGUAUUUCUACAUGACCACGUUCUCCUCCUCACCUUCCUAAUAUCCCUAGUCAUCCUACUCUUCGCCACAACAGCCAUCACAGCUACCGUAACACACAAUGAUCCAACAGAAGAAGUAGAACAACUAGAAGCGGCCUGAACCGCCGCCCCAAUUAUAAUCUUGAUCCUUACCGCCCUUCCAUCUGUCCGAUCACUCUACCUAAUAGAAGAAGUAUUUGACCCAUAUGUAACAAUCAAAGCAACAGGACAUCAAUGAUACUGAAACUACGAGUAUACAGAUGGAACUAAUGUCUCAUUCGACUCUUACAUGAUUCAGACACAAGACCUACCAAACAGCGCCCCUCGCCUACUAGAAGUAGACCACCGAAUGGUGAUACCAGCCAACUUACAAACCCGUAUUGUAGUUACUGCAGAAGAUGUCCUACAUUCUUGAGCCAUCCCAUCCUUAGGAAUUAAAGUAGACGCUGUACCAGGACGACUCAACCAACUCCCAUUAGCCACUUCCCGAACAGGCGUAUUCUUCGGCCAAUGUUCAGAAAUUUGUGGCGCAAACCACAGCUUCAUGCCUAUCGUAGUAGAAGCCGUACCACUAAACUACUUUGAACAAUGGCUAACCACAGAACAAUA